AUGGGUUUAAAUUCAUUUAAUGCUGCACUUCAAGCUGAAAAGUAUGGAGUUGAUCAUUCAUGCUACUCAAACUUCCUUCACACUACACUUAGGGAUACGGUUAAGUCGGAUGGUUUGAGUUCUUAUCGAAAUAAGGUGUUGGAGAUACCCAAAUUUUCUGACAUGAAAUUUCAAAAGGACAUGAAGAAGUUGGGGAAUCAAAAUGAUUUAAGUGACUUGGACUCAAUAAACACUUCCUUAAAGUUUUCUGCUGGCUGUGAACUUUAUGAAGCACUUGGACCAGCUUUUCUGAGAAAGGGUAUCUAUGCUGAUCGGCUGGCAGAGAAUACCGAAGCUGGAGCUAAUAUCGAAAUGGUAGAGGGGAUGAGAAGCAGCCAGUUAAAUUUUGAAUAUGGUUCAGAGAAUCUCCUAGAAGCUGUAGUGGCAAAUGUUUGCAAUAGUGGCAGUGAUAUCAAAAGUGAGAGAUCAUUUUGCAGAUCAGCAGCAUCACUGUUGACAACUGGAAAUACACCAGAGCCUUCAAGCCAAACUAAACUUACUAUUAAUUCAGCUGGUUAUUCAAUUAAUGAGUCCUCUCUUGCGGAAGACAACACACAGCAGUGCCUGAAUUCAUCAGAGUUAUGUGGUGCAAUGCCUUCAAAAGGAUUUUCUUCUGCUUGCCCUAGCAAUUGCAGUGAGCAGCAUGAGAGGUCUUUAGAGCCAGCUAAGACCAACAGAAAGAGGGCUAGACCUGGUGAAAAUCCCAGGCCUAGACCAAGGGACAGGCAACUCAUUCAAGAUCGUAUUAAGGAGCUAAGGGAUCUUGUGCCCAAUGGAGCAAAGUGCAGUAUUGAUUCAUUGCUGGAGCGCACAAUCAAGCACAUGGUCUUUCUGCAAGGCAUCACUAAGCAUGCUGACAAGCUCGGUAAAUGUUCUGAACCAAAGGAACUAAAUGAUAUGCAUCACAAGGGAGCUGGCAUGCUAGGAUCAUCCAAUUAUGAACAUGGUUCAAGCUGGGCAGUGGAAGUGGGAAGCCAUCUAAAAGUUUGCUCAAUAGUAGUGGAGAAUAUAAACAAAAAUGGGCAGAUGCUUGUAGAGUUAUUGUUUGCUAAGUUUAUGAUUUCAUUGUUUAUGAUUUCAUUGGCGGAUUCACCCCUUAGUAUAUGUUCAAUUAGGGAAUUUGUUCAUUAUUUCACUGGUAUCAUAAUUCAGAAAGAUAUGAUGUGCAAGGAAUGUAGUCAUUUUCUUGAGAUAGCGGAGGCCAUCGGAAGCUUGGGCCUGACAAUUUUAAAAGGGGUUACAGAAGCACAUGGGGAGGAGACUUGGAUAUGUUUUGUGGUUGAGAAAUCAAGGGGACAUGUUCAACAUCUUGUGUUGAAUCAUUUUGUCUUUGCAUUUGUGGCUGUGAUCUGUGUGUUCCAUUGGUUAUUUGCCUGCACAAAACAUGCUGAUGGGAUGCUAAUGAAACAUGUCAAUGACUUCCUUUUGAUAUGGGCAGAACAACAGAGUUAUGCAUAG